AUGUCGAGUAACGAUGGAAUCGAACUCACAUACCUGGAGGAACCUCCAUUUUCCAGAGCAACACCUCGAUCUUCUCAAGAAUCGCCUAAUGAUCGGAAAAGUUGCCAUCUUUAUAGCGGUGCAAAAAGUAUUGAAACAAAUACCAUUCAAUCAUCCCACUCACUUCAAGAUCAUCUACCAUAUUUCGCUGGUAAUAAUGCGCGUGUGCAAGAGCACACCGCCAAAGCCCAUAACCUGAAAGGUCAACCGCCUGAAGGGAGCAUGGAAUCUUUGACAACAACCAUUCGUUUCGUCACGCUGAACUGCCGAACACUAUCGAGUGAACUCCAACAAGCCGCUCUAUCCAGACUUCUGCGACAUCUCUGUGUGCCUUUUGCUGCACUGCAGGAAACACGCAUGAGGGAUCGGUCCGUCAUCAGCAUCGAAAAUUACACCAUAUACUGCGGCGAUGCUGAUGAGAACAGAGUAGGUGGCUGCACGAUAGCUGUGAGGAACGAUUACAAGAAUCUGGUGGAGGAAUUUGGCUCAGCGUCGUCUAGAUGCGCCUUUUUACGUCUGCGGGAUCGCAGACGUAAAAGAGGACGUAAACUCUGGAUCGUAAGUGCUCACGCACCUACGGAAACCGCUGAGGACAACAGUAAGGACGCCUUCUAUGAUGAACUCAAUGCGUUGGUGUCUAAAAUACCAGGCCAGCAGGUGGUCAUUGUCGGAAUCGACGCAAAUGCCAAGAUGGGAUUCGAACAGCAAUCUGAUGUGCUAGGAAAAUGA